AUGGAGCCUGCGACGGCCGGGACGAUUCCUCCCCGGCCGCUGAUGGCAUACCCUCAUCGGCCGAGAGAAACACUCUCGGCCGCUGAGAGUGUACACUCUCAUUGGCCGGGAGAAACACUCUCGGCCGCUGAGAGUGUACACUCUCAACGGCCGAGAGAGAAGAAGAAGAAGCGCAAAGAUAUAGGUCCGGAAAUACGAUGCUAUCCACCGUCAAGUUCCUCAGAAGAAAGAUCCCAUACCCAUUUGAAUUUCGCGCUCCCAGCUGUCAACCAUUGUCCUUUCGCUCCUAUUCCAGCUCCGCAUCUUGCAGUCACUCCACUCAAAACAGUUCAGCCAGCUCUUCCAAUUCACAAUCAACCAUCUCUUUUUCAAACCAGUCUUACGCCAAUCGAAUCCAUAAACCCCCUUCGACGUACGGUCGAUGCGACCCUCGAUUCGGCUGCUGAGAAGGAUGAGAAACAACACACUACUUGCAUGUUUGUACACGGCCGAGAGCUCUCAUCGGCCGAGAGUGUACAACCCUCAACGACCGAGAGAAACUGA